AUGGAGCCAGAGGUGCCUGUCAAGAAGCUGGAGACCAUGGUGAAGCUGGACGCAACUUCUGAUGCAGCCAUCACGGUGGACGUGGCUGAUGAGGACGAGAAGAAGAAGAAGGAGAAGGGCAUAUCAGAAGAGACGGAGGAGGAGGAGCUGGAUGAGAGCAUGCGGGACUGGCAGUCCAAGUGCUUCGCUGCCAUCGACACCAUGAAGGAGCUGAGGCCUUGGGCCGGGCAACUUCAACAGCAAAAGGCCCCAGGAAUUGACUUGGAGGAGAAGGAGGAGAUGGGCAAUACUGAGGGCCUGAAGGGGCUGAUGAAGGGCAAGGAGAAGGCGAGGGCUGCAAAGGAGGAGAAGGAGAAGAGAACCCAGAGCCUAGGCCCCAGUCAGGUGUCUUAGGCCCCCGAGAAGAAGAGACUCAAGAUUGAUGAGCUCAAGGUGUACCCCAAAGAGCUGGAGUCAGAGUUGGACAACUUCGAGGACUGGCUGCACACUUUCAACCUGCUGUGGGGCAAGAUGGGAGAUGAUGAUGGCUCGACUGAGGAGGAAAGCAUUGUGGGCCAGUUGAAGGGCUCCCUCUGCACGAACAAAGUGCCCCUCCCAGAGAACGUGUCUUGGAAAGCCGGCUACAACCCCACCUAUGGCAUGUCACAGGGCAUCCCCAGCAAUGACCCCAUCAACGUGCUGCUCCAAGUCUCUGUCACCCGGGUGAGAAGACCUGCACCUGCAGACAUCAGUGGCAAAGCCGACCCCUACAUCAUUGCACGGCUGGGCAAGACAGAUGCCCGUGAGAAGGAGAAUUCCAUCUCCAAGCAGCUCAAGCCUGUCUUUGGGAAGUCCUUUGACAUCAAGGCCUCCUUCCCCAUGGAAUCCAUGCUGACAGUGGCCAUGAAUGACUGGGAUCUUGCAGGCGCUGAUGACCAUAUCGGGGAAACCAAGAUCGACCUGGAGAAUGGCUUUGACAGCAAGAACUGCACUGCCCGUGGCAUCGCCCAGAACUAUCCACAUGCACGGGGCAGGGUGGGACAUGGCUGCAAUAUCUGGCAGGACCUCAUGAAGCCCAGGCAGAUCCUGACCCAUCUCUGCAAGGAAGGCAAAGUGGAUGGCCCCCACUUCAGCCCCCCUGGGAGAGUGAAGGUGUCCGACUGCGUCUCCACGGGACCCUCUGAGAUCGAGGAUGACAAUGGUAACAGGAGGCCGGACGCAGCCAUGGGGAUGUCAGAGGCCGAGGAGGGGCCCACAGUUCCCUGUGAUACGGAGGGGAAGCCUAUCCUUUUAGGAGCUGAGGGAGAACUGGUGGACGACGGGCUCCUCCAGGGCGCAGCAGCAGACACAGGGCGUGAGAGGUGCGCCCUGGGGUGCAGGCUGCUGGCAGAGGGGUCCGGCCAGAGAGCCGGGGGAGGCUCCUCCCGGGGCGAACCCGUCACCCACAGGUCACCCUCCAGUCACCCGUUUUGUCCCCUCUCCCUUCUCUCCUCACUCUUCACCUCUCCCCGGGUCGCCUUCUCAGACGACUCCGCCGAGAAAUGCCGCGGGCCCCGCGGCCAGGGUCUGCUCGCAGGAGAACCCUCUGUCCACCUUUGCCCCCUCCCCGGGGGCGCAGAAGGCAAGUUUCCGCCCCGUCCUUUCCCCGGUGACAGGACUUGGCUGCGGCCACGGCCACGGAAGCGCAGGGAGGGGGUAGCCUGGCUCCCGAACCACCUCCGCUGCUCGCGAGCUCGCGCGGUCUGCGUCUCUCUCGGCAAGUGCGGAGACGCGGCGGCGGCGGCGGCGGCGGCGGCGCAGGGGGGCGGCGGCGCGGCGCGGGGGCCGGGGAGGGAUUGGAGGGAGGGUCUCCAUGGAAAUAACCAGGCAGCAGUUAUUAACACGGGAACGCGGCGGCCGCAGCCACAGCCACAGCCUCGGCGGCGAAGGUCAGCGCCGACCGAGCCGGUAACCGCGCCUUCCCCGGGGCCCGCGCGGGCGGCGGGAGGCGGGCAGCGGGCGGGGGGCGCCGCGUCCCCACCCCCGGCCCCGACUGCGCUUCCUGCGCCGAGCCGGGCAGAGCCGUGCGCCGCGGAGAGGGCUGUUUUGUGUGCGGAAACCGCUGCCCGAGUGCGCGGAAAACGAGACUUGCAUCCCAGAGGCGCAGCGAACCUGGAGAGUUGGGGUUCGGGGGGUGGGCAGAGCGGCGUGGCCACACGCAGGCACUUGUCCCAAAGCCACUGUGGUGCCUUCACAGUGUGUCCGGAGGAAGAAAAAUCUCUCGACCUCAGGGAAGAAUGGCCACCAAGUACGCGGCGGAUUGGGCAAGAGCUCCGCACACGGCCGAAAGGGCGGCUUCUAGCUCCACCUGCUGGCCACUGA